AUGAGAAAACACGUUGUUUUGGCGAAGCCUUUCUCGUUGGAAGAUGAGAAAGACUCUGAACACACAACUUCCAUUCUCAUCCAACGGAUUCUAAGCCUCUUCAAAAACAUACGCCCAGGAUCUGAUCUCACUAACUUUCAGCUACCACCUCAACUGAACCUAGCAAGAUCGCAACUCCAAUGCUAUGGCGAGAUGAUGUAUAGUUUCAACGGUCCAGAUUUACUUGGAGAAUGCGGUCGUGGCGACCAACCAAUCGAACGGCUCAAAUCAAUGGUGACGUGGUACAUCUCAACUCUCCGACCAUUAGUCUUUGGCAUGGCCCCGUACAAUCCCAUCAUCGGCGAAACUCACCACGUCUCCAACGGCCACGUCAAUGUUCUCGCUGAGCAAAUAUCGCAUCAUCCACCAGUGUGUGCUCUUCAUGCAACUCACGAGAAAGAAAACUUAGACGUAAUGUUUUGUCAAUACUUCACACCUAAAUUUCGUGGUGCUUACGUGGAGGUUGAGGUGAAGGGUAAAAGAGUGGUGAAACUUUUGAAUCAAAGAGAGACUUACGAAAUGAACCAGCCAAAACUUCUGAUGACAUUUCUUCCGGCAACCGGAGCUCACUGGGCCGGAAAAAUCGUUAUAAAGUGCCCCGAGACCAGACUCGAAGCCGAACUGCAGUUGCUCUCAAAUUCUUUCUUCAGUAGAUUCACAGGAAACAACAAAAGAUCCAUUAAAGGCAAUAUCUUUGAAUCUUCCACUGGAAACCAACUCUAUGAAAUCUUUGGACAUUGGGACAAAACCGUGACCGCAAAAAAUCUGAAGACCGGCGAGCUUGAGGUUAUAUACAAAGCAAGUGAAAGCAUUGCAAAGCUCAAGACUCCCAUUGUCAAGAACCUACAGGAGGUGAGCGAUACCGAGUCUGCGAUAGUGUGGAGUGAGGUGAGUGAAGGAAUCAUGAACAAAGAUUGGGAGAAAGCAAGAGAAGGCAAGAGAUAUGUGGAGGAGAAACAGAGAGAGUAUAUGAGACAAAGAGUGGCUUCUGGACAAUCUUGGAUUCCCAAACAUUUCUCGGUCACUCGAGCCGGUAAGGACUGGGACUGUGUUCCUCUACAGCCUACGGUUCCUCAAGCUCCUAUUGUUGUUCCUCUCUGA